ACCCCUAGCAGCAAGCGGUGCUCGUGGUGCGAAAGUCAGCUGCGCGAGUGCAGCACAGAAGAUCUGGAGAGCAGGCAGAUGCAGUGGAUGAGCUUUACCCUGUUGCUCCAUAUUGUUCCGGGAUAAAAUUUCCACUUUUUUCUGAAACUUUUUUUUUAACCAGCAACUCGCGGAGACUGGAGGUCAAACGCAGCACUGCAAGGAAAAGGAGCACCUAAAUUGAAACUGGAAAGCCUCCUUGAUAUGGUACCAGCAUACAUCGCACUGCUUGUGGUUCUACAGUAAAAUACUAAAACCCAGAAGAAAAAAGGCCUGGGAAAAGAAGCUGCUUUAAAAUCAGCAUGCUGCUUAGGAUAUCGCAGCACGUCCUUUUACACCCUCAGCGUUUCGGGUCCUGGUGUAAUGUAGAUUAGUUCUGGGGCUACAGAGACUGUGGUGUCCGUUAAUAUUACUACUGUAUUAGUAUUUUUGUCAUAAUACACCUGCUUGUCUGCGACCUGAAGGGAUCGGUUUGGCAAAUCAGCGGCGAUGCUGUGAUCGCUGCCGGCGCGUUGGUGUGGCGGGGAUGUCUGGAGGCUCGGACGAGGAUCUUUGCCCGCAAGCAGAGGAGGUCAGCCCAACCGGGAGCAUCCGGAAGGGAUGCGACCCCCUGGCACAGACGCAGCGCAGCAGACUGCAGCACCGGCGGGUGAAGAUCAACCAGCAGAUCAACAAGGAGAUGAGGAUGCGGGCCGGAGCCGAGAACCUCUUCAGGGCCACCACAAACCACAAGGUGAAGGAGACUGUGGCUCUGGAGCUCAGUUUUGUCAACUCCAACUUGCAGCUGCUCAAGGAAGAGCUGGAGGAGCUCAACAGCUCCAUGGAGGUGUACCAGACUGAGAGCGAAUCAAUCAAUGUGCCCAUGAUUCCUCUGGGGCUGAAGGAGACAAAGGAGGUGGAUCUUGCUGUUCCUCUAAAGGACUUCAUCUGUGAGCACUAUGGAGAAGACGGAUCACAGUACGAGAAGGAGAUCAAGGAGCUCAUGGACCUCAGGCAGGCCAUGCGCACUCCCAGCCGAAACGAGGCCGGUCUGGAGCUUCUCAUGGAGUAUUACAACCAGCUCUACUUCCUCGACCAUCGCUUCUUCCCUCCGGGCAAGAACUUGGGUGUCUACUUUCACUGGUAUGACUCUCUGACAGGAGUGCCGUCCUGCCAGCGAGCCCUGGCUUUUGAGAAGGGCAGCGUACUGUUCAACAUUGGGGCGCUGUACACCCAGAUAGGGGCGCGGCAGGACCGCUCCACUGUGCAGGGCAUCGAGACCGCCAUUGACGCAUUCCAGAGGGCUGCAGGUGCCUUCAACUACCUGAAGGAGAACUUCUCCAAUGCGCCCAGCCUCGACAUGAGUGCCCCCUCCCUCAACAUGCUGGUGCGCCUCAUGGUCGCUCAGGUGCAGGAGUGUGUGUUUGAGAAGGUGGUGCUGCUCCUGGGGGAUGGCGACGUUGCUGCCCACCUGCAGGUGGCUCAGGAGGCUGCCAGGGUGGCUGAUGUGUACUCACUGGUGUUCCAGACCAUGGCCCAGCCACCCGUGAAGGACUAUGUGCCCUUUUCCUGGGCCACCAUGGUCCAGGUCAAAGCGGAGCACUUCAAGGCCCUCUCUCAUUACUAUGCUUCUGUCGCACUGUGCGACCACGACGUGCCUUCUGCGGAGGACGAAGGCAAGAGCGAGAAGGCGCUGUUGCAGUUUCACGCCACGAAGCCACAAGGGCCCUCGCUCAACGUGGUGCUGCGGGAUGCCGAGGAGAGGCGCAGGCUGGGAAAGGCGCACCUGAAGAGGGCUGUCAUCCAACACGAGGAGGCCAUGCGCAUUCACAGCCUCUGCAGGAUCCUCCGCAAGAUGGACAUCCUGCAGGAGGUGCUGUCUUUCACGCACAGGCGCUCGCUGGACAAAUACUCUGAGAUUGACCACGAGGACGACUUUUUUGAGACCUGUGAGGUUCCUAGCAUUCAUCCUAAAACGCAGCAGAAGCCAGAAAUCAAAACUCCAAACUUUUCAAAAAUUAGAAUUACCGACAUUUUUCACCAGCUGGGCCCUCUGUCGGUCUUCUCGGCCAAACACCGGUGGAGCGCCCAGCGGCGGGUCCGUCUGGGGAGGGGGGAGAGGAGCUUCGGCCUCACACUGCGGGGGGACUCGCCAGUGCUGGUUGCUGGCGUCGUGCCAGGGGGCUGUGCUGCGGAGGCAGGCCUGCGGGAGGGAGACUACAUUGUGUCUGUGGAUGGGGAGGACUGCAGGUGGGCCAAGCACGCCGAGGUGGUGCAGAUCCUGAAGAGCUCAGGCGAGGCAGGCGUGGAGCUGGGUGUCAUCACCCUGCACAGCCCGGAGCAGGGAGGACAGGGAGAGAAGAAGUGUGUGCUGCUCUCUGCGGGGGGUGACAAGGAAAACACACGGCUCAAGAAUCCCAGCACGGCCGUCCGAGGCUCCGGCUACCUGUUGCUCUGGAAUAAGAAGAAGAGCAGCACUGCCAGCAAAAAGAGGGCAGGUGGCACCUUCAACCUCCCGUUUACCAACUUCCGAGACAGCGAGGCCAUGUACUAGGCAGGGAGGCGGAGGGAGACCCAGAGAGACACCAAUCCAAGCUCACCUCCUGAGAACGACCUUGAAUACAGGUGGACUAAGCAGAGGGUGGACAGUGAGCGAGAGAGUAAGAUGCCCGGGCCGACAAGACGGCAGGCUCUCGAGAGACACGCCAGGAUGAUGACCGCAGAAACCAGAAGGAAAGCCAGUAAUUGGCGACCGAGAAAACAGAGAUUCCCUCAGAGGGCGGACUGAGGUGGUGCCGGGUAUGACUGUGGCACACAUGGUAGAGACAUGGUUUUUACUGCUGUCUUAAAUUUCACACACAGCCAUAGCGUGUAUUGAGAAGAAAAUAGGAACCAUGGGCAAUGUGCCCAUUUCAGGAACUGCAGCAGUGUAGACAUUUUUGUGGUGAGGUGAGGUGGAUGUUGGGGACAACAUGAGCUGCAGCUAACUUUAGGUAGACAACUGCGCAACAGUACUCAGAGCUGGAAGCCAUCCAGCACGUAGAGCCAAUAAGCCAGUGAGACCAUGCUCUUGUAUGGCUUCCUGGUUACACCAUACUGACUAGCUCUUUGGCUUCGAUUGAUAACUGCUUCCGCCUGUGGGCUGCUUUGAAUUCAACAGUGAAAUGGGACCCAUAGGAUACACUUAGAAACUCACUGGAAGUCAUUCUUAAACCAAGAACAAGAAGUGUGCUUUUUACGCAAAGGGUUUUUGGGUUCUGGAACAAGCUGUCCAGCCAUGUUAUUCAAGCUUAUACCAAGAAAUGGUAUCAUCCUUCGCUUCUGUCCAGAAAUUGAUGGCUGAGAUAAAUGGGGUCACAAGCAGGCCAGUGAGCUAGAUGGGCUGAAUGACCUUCAUUUACAGACUGUGACCAAUACACUUAGUAGCAGAAUAUAUUUCUAACAGACUGACCACUCACACAGAACCAUGAGUCAGCGCAACACAGCUCUCAGUGUUUUGAAACCGAGAUGCCCUGGCACAGGCUCCUGAUGGCUGAGCAAGGAGACAGGGCUCUUGCAAUGUUAUUACCCUGGCAGAACUGGCCAAGCCACGUGCACAGAGUGGGGAAGCACAGUGUUUCACUUGGGCACUGUAUUGUACUCAUUCUAGCUGCCACUGGACCCUCUUGAACUAAUCUCAAGUCUAAACACCAGCACAUUCUUUGUAGCUGUGUGUUGGGACAUUGAGUCAGUGUAAAUGAAAAGAAAAUUAAAAUUCACAAACAAAACCUUUUGAAGAUAAACAAUGUUUUGCUCUUUGACGUGACUGGUUCAGUUGUCAAAAAACAACCAUUUCUGUUAAAUGUAAUUAUAUGUAAUAUAUUUUUUAAAAAGUGACUAUAGAGAAAAACUGUAGGGGCUGAGGAAAGCAAGAUGGAAGAUCAUGUCUCUUUAAAUGAGAAAAUAUACAGUAUUGCCAGCAUCAUUUUUGGAGAUACCUGACUCGUGCACUGGGUUCUCUUUAGAUGAGUGACCUGGGAUCUGUAACACAGACAAGCUUUCAGUUCAAGUUUGAGUGGAAUAAUAUUAAUUACACAUUACAAAAGUGAUUAAAAAACAAAUCCAUGAGUUUGAUCUUGAAAAAAAUGGCAUUAUGUUUUGAUAAAUAGCCUGGAGGCCUAUCAAUGUUAUCUUUCCUGGUUUUACACUUUAUUUAUAUCUACACUCUGAUUAACAUGCACAAAUAGAGCAUUGUGAAAAUGUUAACCCUUUUUUCAUUUAACUUUCUGGAGUCAUGGGUGGCAUGGUGCCACAGUGGAUAGUGUAUUUGGGGUGCCUGCUAUAUAGAGUUUAUAUGAUGUGUUUACCUCCUCUAAAAGACAUGCUAGUUAUGUUAAAUGGUAUGUCUGAAUUGUUCCUGUGUGCUUGUUACAUGUGUGCCUUUUGCUCCUGGUAGAGGCACCAGGUUCCCUCACACCUCACUUACCAGAAUUAAACAGCUUUUUGAUAAAGUGUGGAUGGAUAGUGCAGCCAUAAUUCCACUUCCUACCCACAGCCCUUUGCAGUACACUAAAUAGGAAGUCAAUGGGUUUAACAACAGUGGUUUUAUGUAGCUCAUAUUACAGGGCUCCCCUGGAAGCAUUUUUCUGUAACUUGUUUCCUUGUUCUGUUUCUCAGUGGUUGUGUAAACAUCAGGCUUUUUAAGGAGGGAAUCUUUCUUCCAGCACUGUUCCCUACCUUGUGUUGCACUCUUGUGGUUUGCCCCCAAAACAGGGCCGCAAUUAGUACAGUCAGCAUUGCUGUGUUGACACUUAGAUGUCCAAGUCAUUUCAUGGUCUGAAAACAGCGUGAAACAGAGAGGGAUAAAAUCAUAUUACUUUUGAAAGGUUUCCUUGUGCGAUGCCCUUUGUUGUGAAAAUACUUUACAGACGGUUUUCCUGACACAGUGGCUUCACCCACAUGGGGAACUCUGUACAGCUAGCCAUGUGGUUCGUGGAGAUGCUGCUCUUUGCACACUGCUACCAUCCUUGCCAGCGGGGGACUAAGGCAGCUCAUCUGGAAAACUGAGUUUUAAUCCGAGACUUGGAGUACGAUGCACAUUUCCAAGAGAAAUAUUGCCUGGGGUAAGGAAGAUCUUGUCAAGCUGUAUUGUUAAGGUGGCUGGUCCACUGUGACCUUCCAGGGAAUGGUGUUCGGAUCUCCCUGAUGGAAGUGAAGGGUUCCAGGAUGAAGUAUUUCAAAAUCAUACUCUUGUCAUGACAGCUACAUCAGUUGAACAUACUGAGUGACCCUUCUCCUCAAACAUAACAACGCACUUGUUUUCUCCCUGGCUGGUGGUGUUUUUCUAAUUCCCCCAGAUACCAAGAUGUUGGUAUUGUUCAAAUAUUGCUUUCAAAGUGGAAGCCACUACAGCAAGCAAAUAAUUUCAUUAAUUUAUGGGAGAAGUCUGUUCUUUUUUUACAAUUAAACAAUCCAAUUAACCAUUUAAAAUAGCACUGGAUGUAUUGUUUGAAAUUGGUGAGUGAGGUGCUUGUUAAAGCACAGCUGUUCAUGUACUGGAGUGUUCUAGUCUCAGGGCGCUAGGCUUAGUCCCGGGGUACAUGUGAGUCUUUCUUAGAAACACUUUCCCAACAUCAGCAGGCUGCUACCAAGCAUGAGAGGCUGAAUGUGUACUGUUUCAUACUGUAUAUCUCAGGGGUGCCACACUGUAUCCUUUAUGUUUAAUUUUGUCACAAUUUAACAGUUCUGGUUUGGAAUAGGACAAUUGCAUAUUGUAGUGGGGGUUUCAAUAAAGUCAUCUAAAAGCCAAACUUAUGUUUAAAUGAAGUGGAAGGUAGGAAAAUGUCUGUUUUUAUUAAUCUGAAUUUGUAAUGUAUCAAGCAAAUUCACAGCAUUCCUUCAAGAAGGUUUAAAAAGAUCAGUGGAGUUCUGUAUACCACCAUGGAAUGGUUGAUAAAAUUUAAAUCAAUCACCUGUUUCUGUUCGAGCUGAAUUUUAAUUUAUGCGAUGUACAGUGGUUAUUUCAUCAAGCAGUAGAUCUUCUUGAAGACAAAGUAGAUGACAGUUGAAAAUUUUAGUAGCAUGAUUAUAUGGAUUAUGAUACUUUUUGCUGAUAAAAAAAGAUACACUAUGAAUUUGAGAUGCAUCCUUAACCUUAGGUGUUUGCAAAAAAACAAGAGUAAAACAAAAGGAAAUAUUUCCAAAGGAAAUCCAGAUGUUCCUACCUGAACAGAUAGUUUUAUUUCCUAAAGUAUUGCUGAUCGAUACAAACACCAGGGGAGACGGGGAGAACGCAAAUCAAAACUUACUUCUGUUUUUCCUGUAGCGGAGAGGGUAUUUCAACUCUUCAGUCCUUCCUGGACGGUGUGGCUUGGGAAUCGUCUAAUGAGCCAGUUCUCUGCUGGGAUAAGCCCCUGCUGGCUUUGGUUGCUCCAGGAUUGUGUGAAGCUGGGAGCUUGAGCUAAGCCCUAAGGAUGAACACAGACGAGCCCUGGCCGAAAUCCGGGACAAGACAAUCUGAUUCUUUAAUCCAGAUCAGAGGUGGAUCGUGCAGUGUCUUAUGGGACUUUUCAGAGUGUUUGCAGGUGUUUAAAUGGGUGUUAUUGCCAUUGCAUUUUUUCUUUUAGUUUUUGAGGUCUGUAGGCUUCUGCAUCUCUCAGGCAGGACUUUAGAAACCAGCUUGGCAGUGAAUUAUGGUACAUUAUUCUCUGUGUGUCACUUCUCUCAGGUAGGACUCAGAGCAGGCUUGCGAAGCCUGCCCUGCUCCUCACUCUGGUUAGAGAAACCAUAUUUGUGAAAAGGCAAAGGCCAAUAAGGGUAUUACCCUGACUACAGAAACAGUUGCCUAGAAAGCCUUUCCUAUUGCAUCUAGAGAACUGGAGCCACCUCCUCUUCUCAGUGUGAUACACUUAAUUUUGUGCCCUCAAACUCGCUUUCUAUACCUGUGUUUGAGUGAAUAUUACCUCUUGUUCACAGGUUUUGCAGCACCCACCAGGUCCUUGGCAUAUUUGCUAUGUAAAUUGGGAUUUUUAUUCUUCCUGUUAUUUUAAUGUAUAAUGAGGUGAGAUCUAACAGAAUGCAUAAGGGUACAGAAUGUAACAAUAACUCACAUGACUUGUGAGACUGAAGAGCUUUGCUGUGAUACAGAGAACACCGAGCAGCUUUCUGUCUUUAUUUCUUUGUAGUUCAAUUCUGAUACCUUUGUCACUGGUAUCAUGGAUCCUUGGAUAGCACAAAACAGCCUUCAAGUUUGUCCAGUCUGGAAAAUUAUUUAAAAAUGUGCCAAACUAAUGGAAGGCAUUCUGUUAACAUACUAAUUAGUCCAAGUCAUAACAUGCUUAUAAUAGCAUGUAUAAUAGGGUGAUCUGCACUAACCGCUGGUAAACGUUGUUAAUAUUUACACUGAAUAAAUAUAUUGCAAUACUGGUAUCAUACAAGAAAACUGAGAAGGAGCGAGUGUCAUGGAGAACUGCCCAAAAUCACUGAAAUGAGCUAGGUGAAAUGGCUGUGCCAAGAGGGCCUAUACAUAGUUGUGUCUUUGUCCAGGGAAAAUUUUUAUUUAAGGUUUUUCUGUCCUGUGAACAUUAAUGUAUUGUUAGAUAUAUGUAUAAUGGUUCUGCUGCUACCAUCAGGCUUUUUCUCUGCUGUCAGCUGUAAACUAUGAUGAACUCUUCCAGAGGUUAGUGUAUUGUGUGUAUGUCUUAAUGCCCAUGUUUCAAUUUCUAUGUAAAAAUACUGUUUUGGAAAUUGUGUGCUGUUUGCUUUGAUUGUGAGUUAAUAUUCCUAAGUGCAGUGAUAGAGUUUGAGAGAAAUGGUGUGGUGUGGUUCAACAAUUCGGAUCCUUUAGACUUAAUGGUGGGAAGCUGAAAACAGCAAAGCACCAAAUUUCAAGACAGUUUGCUCUACAGAUGAAAACCAUGUGUGUGCAAUUGCUUCGAUCUGUCAGUAGGUGGUGCUCACACACAGUAGAAUCUCCACAGAAACGGCAGACAAGACCCAGUUGUCAGCGCUUGGCUGGCGACUCGAAACGGAAGAUGUGCUCAGAUGAAUAAAGUGAAGAAAUCUGAAAA